GUCGUUUUUCUGCCUCGUUAAGACCAGGCAUUGCUACUGACAAGUGUGAAGAAGAGUCAGCAGACUCUCUCUCUUCCUUGUACUUUUUCAGAAAGAAGUUGCAGAAUCUUCUUGCUUUGAUAUCUUUUUUUUCUUUCUCUGGGUUUAUUUUUACAAGACAUGUUCGCUAUGACGUUGGGGUCUCCAGUUCCACCACCUGCAUCAGCAAUGGGGGUGACCAUGUCAAAAAAAUGUGGGAGUCUCCGGGUUUUGGCUGGUAAAACUGGUGGAGGUGGAGGUGGUGGUGGUGGUACGGGUGUUGUGUUCCCAUCAUUUCUUCCUAAGGAGGUUGAGAAAAUCAAAGAUCCAUUUUCCCGAACUUUGGCUCAGAGAAUAGAGAGGCUUCCUGUACAGAUUGGAUCCUCUGAAAGUUGUAUAAUGAGUAGUUGUGUGAAACCGCUUAUACAAAGUGAGACCAGCCCAGUGGUUCUCCUCCAUUGUUUUGAUAGUUCUUGUUUAGAAUGGAGUAGCGCAUACCCUUUGCUCGAAGAGGCUGGUUUGGAGGCUUGGGCCAUCGAUGUUCUUGGAUGGGGCUUCUCUGAUUUAGAAAGGCUUCCACCAUGUAAUGUGGUAUCCAAGCGUUGCCACCUUUAUCAGCUCUGGAAGUCCUACAUCAAAAGGCCAAUGAUAUUAGUUGGACCAAGCCUUGGUGCUGCUGUUGCAAUUGACUUUGCAGUCAAUUAUCCAGAAGCUGUUGAAAAGCUGGUUUUGAUUAAUGCAAGUGUGUAUGCAGAAGGCACAGGAGACCUGGCUAAGUUACCUAGAAUAGUAGCAUAUGCUUUGGUUUCUUUAUUGAAAAGCAUCCCACUACGUCUUUAUGCAAAUAUAUUGGCCUUCAAGGGCAUUUCAUUAGCCACAAGCUUAGAUUGGACUAAUGUGGGCCGCUUACACUGUCUACUCCCUUGGUGGAAGGAUGCAACCAUUAAUUUUAUGAGUAGCGGGGGCUACAAUGUUAUUGCCCAAAUAAAACAGGUAAAGCAGAAAGCACUUGUCAUUUGCGGUGAGCACGAUCAAAUAAUCCGCUACAAGCAAUCAGUGAGGCUGUACUGUGAACUUCAGGAUGCCAUUAUGCGGAUAAUACCUGAUUGUGGUCAUCUCCCUCAUGUCGAGAAUCCCAGGCCCGCGGCAAAGUUAAUUGCAGACUUUUCUCGAGGUGAUUGCAACUGAGAGGGUCGUUGCAGAGUUUGCUUGAAGUGUUAUCCCCUGCUACAAACGCCUACUCUUUUAUCUUGGGAUGUACAGUACUGUGUCUUUGUCAAUUACCUUGUCAGUAGUUCCAAGUGCUUGCUCUUUAACAUAGCAGUAAAAAUCAAUUAAUAUAGUUCCUAGUGCUUACUAGAAAUAUACAGAAUAACCCGUCCAAAAUGCAAUGGUGGUUUUCACUGUCAUAUUAAAGAAUAAGCAUUUGAAAGUAUAUGUAGCACUUUUACUUUGUACUUGCAAUCACAACUCUUAUUAUAUAUAGAGUAUAUAAGGAAGCAUCAAG